AUGCAACAGGGAAUAGUCAUAGCGUUGAUGGGCCCGCAAGGCGCUGGCAAGACCACCUUCUUGAACUCCUUGAGUGCGCGAGCAUGUAGCCAAGUUCCAUUGGGCGAUUCAGUGACGACCGUUGGCGGGACCCGAGUCUCGCUUCAAGGCCGUGGAGACGUUACGCUAGUGGAGAUACCGUCUCUGGACGACUCCUCGGCUAUCGUAACACUGAGUCGCUUUCUAGUAACGUAUCGACAGUCAUCCUUUGUGGGCGCCAUAUACUUCCAUCGCAUCAAGGACACGCGAGAGAGGAAGAAGGAUUUCAAGUUAUUCUCUCAGGUCUUGACAGCUAUCCCAGCUGAGAAUACCGCCCUUAUCACGGCGAUGCCGUACACGGAUGAAGUGAGGAACAUCGAGCGAGAGCAAGAGCUCGCAGCACUUUGGAACGAAGCAACGACUCGUGGGGCCAGUAUCGGCCGCUUUUCGAAUAACAGCGAGUCUGCAUGGAGCAUCAUAGCUCAACUUGUCGUCCCCGAGCGCCUCGAACCCUCGCCAAUUCGGGAAGAGAACUUGUUUCAGUUCUUGUAUAUGAUGUUGGCAAAAAAUGAAGAGGAAGCGGGGCUAUUGAAGGGUUUGAGGAAGAUUGCGAAGACCGAUAAAGAUGAAGACCUGAAAACCGUAUGGUCAGCAGGGGCCCUUUCUCCGAGCUUGCCUUCCCAGCCUCUGCACCGGACGUACCCUGAAUUCCAUCUGGCGUAG